CCGGGCCCUGCCGGCUGCCCAUGGAGGCGGCGCGGAGCUGUAACGGGUACGCGCGGCAGGAAAGGCCGCCGCCCUCCGCCGUUUCCUCCCCGUCGACGGGCGCCGAGAAACCGCGCGUCCCUUCCGCUGGCGGCAGCGGGGAUGGCUGGCGGGGCGAGCGGCCCCGCAGCGAGGAGGACAACGAGCUGAGCCUGCCCAGCCUGGCGGCCGCCUACACCACCAUCCUGCGCUCGCUGGGCGAGGACCCCGAGAGGCAGGGGCUGCUGAAGACGCCCUGGAGGGCGGCCACCGCCAUGCAGUUCUUUACCAAGGGCUACCAGGAGACCAUCUCGGAUGUUCUGAAUGACGCCAUCUUUGAUGAAGAUCAUGAUGAGAUGGUAAUUGUGAAGGACAUAGACAUGUUCUCAUUGUGUGAGCAUCACCUCGUUCCAUUUGUUGGAAAGGUACAUAUUGGCUAUCUUCCUAACAAACAAGUACUUGGCCUCAGCAAGCUUGCUAGGAUUGUGGAAAUAUACAGCAGAAGAUUACAAGUCCAGGAACGCCUUACCAAACAAAUUGCAAUAGCUAUCACAGAAGCCUUACAGCCCGCUGGAGUUGGAGUGGUUAUUGAAGCUACGCAUAUGUGUAUGGUAAUGCGUGGGGUACAGAAAAUGAACAGUAAAACAGUAACCAGCACAAUGUUGGGGGUAUUCCGGGAGGAUCCAAAGACCCGUGAAGAAUUCUUGACACUCAUCAGGAGCUGAAACUGUGUUAUUCUCUAAAUGCACUCUGGAGAUUGUUCUGUCUGGUGUCACUGUCUGUUCUUAGUUGUUCCUACAUCUCACUUUUAAACUAAAUCGUUGUGAAUUGUUGUCAUAGUCUUUGUGCAGUAAAAGACUUCUGAUGGCAAGUGAUAAAUGUAACAAUGAGGUAGGCUCCUCCUGGGCUUCCAAUGAUGCUGAUGUCACAGAAUUACAAGCUACAAAUAGGGUUUUAGAAAUGUUUGUCCAUCCACAAUGCAGAAUAUACUGCUGUUGGGAGAAAAGUGGGGCUUGGGAGUGAAAUGGAUAUUUAUGAAAUAGUUAUGUUUAUUAGAAUAAAUAUGGAGCAGCACAGGAAACAGCUGAAAGGCUGUGGAUCCUUGUAGGACCACUUAUACUGCAAAUACUGUACCUCUGCUGAAAAAGAUGGUCCUGAA